UUCCCAUAAAACUUGCCCCAAGUAAACUAACCACAAUUUUGAGAACUGAGCUGCAGAGCAGAGAAGUUCAUCUUGGAAAUGUGAAGAUGAAGUACUUUCUUCUGCCAACUCAUUUAGCAUUUCUCUGUAGCUUUGCACUAAGUAAACCCGUCCAGAUAACUACAAGAAAGAAUGACUUAGGUAGUGAAAUAGCUGUGUAUGAAGGAGACAUCCUCUUGAGAAGAGGGCGACGCAGUGCAAUUAACUGUGAGAGCUGUUUGUGGCCCAAGUCACAAGAUGGACUGGUCAAGGUUCCAGUUAACAUCUCUUCUGAUUUCUCAAUAACAGAGAGAUCUUGGAUUGCUGAUGCUUUGCAAGAGAUCUCCACGCUGACCUGUGUGCAAUUUGUAAAUCGCACUACAGAAACAGACUAUGUUUAUGUUGAACAAGGGCAGAGCUGCUGGUCUUACUUUGGAAAGAUUGGAGGACGCCAAGCAGUAGGCCUGGUGAAAAAUGGUUGCAUGGAUAAAGGAGCAAUUCAGCAUGAAAUGAACCACGCACUGGGUUUCAUCCAUGAACAGGCACGGAGUGAUCGGGACAGGUUUGUCAAGAUUAUGUGGGAACACAUUGUGGCAGGGGAACAAGGGAACUUCGGAAAAAUGAAUUCCAAAAAUCUGGGCCUUCCCUAUGACUACUCUUCAGUGAUGCACUAUGGCGCGUAUGAUUUCUCCAGCACUCCAGGAAAACCUACUAUUGUACCAGUUCCUGACCCCUCUAUACCUAUUGGGCAGAGAGACGGGCUGAGUAACUUGGAUGUAGCUAAAAUCAACAAGCUCUACAAGUGCAAUUGCUGUAGCUCUGUGUUGCCUAAACCCAAAGGCUCCUUCUCCUCUGUCAAUUACCCAUCCCCAUACCCGAACAACAGCAAAUGUCUGUGGCUGAUCCGCAUCCGUCGAAGUAAGAUCUUCCUGCAGUUUGAGGCUUUUGAUCUCCAACGCUCCUCAGACUGUUCUUCUGACUAUAUAAAAAUUUACAACGGGAACAGCAAGAGCUCCCCUGUCUUGCUGGACAAGUACUGUGGGAAGGGUCCACUGCCCUCCUCAGUGGCAUCUGGAUCCACAAUGCUGGUAGAGUUUGCAAGCGAUGAGAGCAUAACAGCCACAGGAUUCAGAGCCUCCUACAACAGGGUGAAUUGUGGUGCCACUUUCAGAGAUUCAAAGGGAGUCAUCACCUCUCCAAACUACCCCAAUAAAUACCCCAAAAACCGAGCAUGUUUCUGGGUCAUCGCUUCUCCAGUAGGAUACAAGAUAUCUCUCAAAAUGUUAUCCUUUGAGCUGGAAUAUAGUGACAGAUGCAUCUAUGACUACUUGCUCAUACAUGAUGGAAGCCGCCCUACAUCCCCUGCAGUUGGCCCUUAUUGUGGGACAGAGAAGGUUGCAGACUUCACUUCCACUGGGAACUUUGUGCUGGUUGAAUUCCACAGUGAUUUAGUGUGGGAGCUGCCUGGAUUUGUGAUGAGUUAUACAUUUGCUAGGUAAGUAUAAUACAGACAGGGUUUGAAAACCAGAAUGAGAAUAAGAGUCCAGUUAGCCACAAGUAAAAGUGAAGAUGCCACCAAUUUCAGAAAAAAAAUAUAUAGCCUGAUACCUUUAAAAAGCAUGAAGUUUGACCUUAAUCUCACAUCUACAGUGGUGUAAUUUCCAUGGUGAAUCAAGGGCAGAAAUGUUCCUGCCCAUGGGAUGCUUCUGUCUGAGACUGUAUGCUUUUUGUUAUAGUAUUCUCAUUGUUGGUGUUGCAUAGCCAAACACAAAAGCAGAGCUGAAAGUAUGUAAGCAGAUUUUCAAGAAUUUCUAGUGGUUAAAACUGUGCCCAUAAAACAUUCAGAACAUGGCUGUGUUGCAACUUUAACCUGUAUUCUGUCAAAUGCUAUUACCCAACCUAAAUGUGCAUUCCAGCAUACAUACAGAAAAAUCUUCAGACACAUUUAUUUACAUUCUGAAGCCAAGAUCACAGUUAAUAUAGGCACCAGAGCUUAGCCUGGCAAUCACAACGUGACACCAAACAAGUGAUGUCAUAGUACGGUAUGACAUACAGUACCUCAACUCAAAGAUUUGCACUACUCCUCCGUGAGAUGGACCGGGUCAGGGAACAGAUUGAACUAAAGAAACUAAAGUUAAGAGUAGCAAGAACAAGCACUGAGGGAGAGGGAAUGGAAUGAAGCAUCUGCUGUUGUCACUUUGCUCUGGCCUGAGUCAGGUAUUGAAAUUGUCCAUAAGGUGUUACCAAAUUAGUUUUUAAAAAUGAGGCCUGAAAACCUAAUGCAAAGACCAUUGAAUGUUCUCUUUGGAGAGCAUUUUAGGUGUGAAGUCUGUAGAGAGAAAUUCACCCCUUCUAAAGAGAUGGCUGGAGUGAAGAAAGAAAUCACCACUGUAAACACCUAACACUUUGCCUUGACUUGAUGUUUUCAGAAUUAAAUGCUAGUGCGAAACUGGGAGAUGGCAAAACAUAAUGAAUAAUAAAAGACUUUGCUGAAAUUAUGUCUUUGUGAAGAAGAGCAUGUAGAAAUAGCCAAUUUGAUUUCCUGGUGCAACCAAAAAAUUUUUGAAUUAUGAUGACUUUGUAGCAGCCGGGGGGAGGGGUUUAAGAUCUGUAAUGUUUUGCCUUUUAAGCACUGGUUAAUUUUCACCCACAGAAGAAUGAUAACUGAUAAGUUGUGAAUAUCAAGGUUUAGAGCUUUCUUGCAUCAUGGUGGGAAAAUGCAUGCACAGCAGGCCACAAAUAUUUGUAUUUCUUACAAGCUCAAAUCUACUGGCUAUAAAAAGCAUUCCUUCAUUUAAUUUGACUCACUAUUUAGAUUGGCAUAUUUUUGGAGAAUGUAACCAUUUCAUCAGCCUGUCAGAAAAUUAAACUCUACUUCUAUUUUUAAGCUCA